AUGAAGUUGUUGCCUGCCAUGCUUGGAAUUGGGAGAUUACUUUGGAUCCUCUUCUUAAUCGCAACUCUGGGCAUCUGGAGUAUCCACGGAGAAAAACCAUGUACACCACAACUUCGUGUUAAGAGAGCCUCCAUGCAGAAAGUUCGUGCAGGGAAUCCAUUUCAACUGGAAUGUCCUGUGGUAUACUGCACUAAGAGUCCUAAUGUGACCUGGUGCAAGUUGAAAGAAAACCAAUGUUUGCCUCUGGGAGCUAGGCAUCGGGCACACAUAAGGCGGAAAAACAGACAGAAUAUUCUCAUUUUUAUUCUACAUUUUGAUCAAGCCUUGGCUAGUGACAAUGGAUCAUACCGCUGUUCUUUGAAUGCUUCAUCUGGACUUAUUGAAAGUCACUCAAUAGCUAUUAAUGUGAUAGAUACAACCAGUGCUGCAGGACCACCGUACAAGAAUGAGAUGGAGGGCAGACCGUGGAUCCUUUAUUGCUUGCUUCCUUUGGGAGGAUUGCUUCUACUCAUUACUUGUUUCUACCUAUUCUGCUGCCUGAAAAGGCACCGAGGGAAACAAAAGGAGCCUUCUGAUACAACAGGAAGGGGAAUUAACCUGGUUGAUGUUCCUCGGCCCUUUAGAAGUGAGCAAAUUGAAGUGGGCACCAGACAACAUCCCGAGACACUGCCAUCAGAACCUGUUGUUUAUGAUAAUGACCCCUGGGUCAGCGGCCAGGAAGAGUCUGGGGUUUAUUCUAACCCAAGUCUGGAGGAAAACAAACAGGGCAUUGUUUAUGCUUCGCUUAACCACUCCAUCAUUGAAAUGAACCCAAGGCAGGCAAGAAAUGUGAAAGAAGCACCUACAGAAUAUGCAGCCAUAUGUGUGAGGAGAUAA